GUCGGCGGCGGUUCAGUUUUCGUGUGAAGGGGCACGACAUCAGUGGUCGCGGCGUCAGUAGACCCUUCGGACGAACGAGAAAGCGAUGGCCGAGCUAGCGCAAGUGGACAGCGAAUGGGUGUUCGACUUUGUCAUGAACUUGUUCCAGUCGCCGGCGUGGGAAGUGCCCAUCAUGAGUUUCAUCGACGAGAACUGCGCGAGUUUCGACACAGACGACGAAAACAAGUUCAUCUACUCGGACCUCCACGGUCAAUUCCGCGACACAGUGGAUGGCGUCCUCACGGCCAACUUGGCUGAGAUCGGGAUCACGCCGUCCGACUUUGCCGACAUCUGCGCGAAAUGCCGCCACUCCACCGAGAUCAGCAUGGCCGUGAUCAACCAAAUCCUCGCUAUCGACGACUUUCUCACGUUCAAAAAGCUCAUGGUCAAGCGCAACUUGGAGCUCGAGCUGGAAGUGAUCACGGCGGUGCGGGACGAGAAGGAGCGCGCGGUGGCCGUCAAGUCGGCCUUGGAAGCCGAAGCAAAGGAAGCGGUGGAAGACGAGGCCAAGGCCGCCGACGACGCCGCCGCGCAAGACGACUUUUCGAAUGUCGAAGACUACUGGAUGGAAAUGGACAUUUUGUACAAGCAAGAAGAGAUGGAGCAGGCCGAGUUGGAAGCCGCGAUCGCCUUGUCCAUUGCCGUCGAGGAGGAAAGGUUUCGGUUGGCGUCCGUGCAGCUCAAAGCGGCCGAGGACAAGCAUGGCGGCGGCGGUGGCAAGACUGGGCUGGUGGACCUGGAAGAGGUCGAGCGGGCGGUGCGUCGCGGCAAAGAGCAGGCGGAAGAAGUGUUUAAGCGCAACAAGCAAGUCCUCGACUCGAAAAAGGAAAAACACAAAGAGUUCCAGGAACAAGCCGAGAUCUCCGACUUUGAGAUCCGCAAACGCGCGGCCUAUUUGAAGGCGCAGCGCGAUCGCAUCCUCGAUAAGAAGAAGAAGGAGCGCGACUCCAAGCUCGAGUCGUAUCAAAAGGAGCUCAAGGCGUCGGCCCCCGAGCCACCGCCAACCAUCUUGGAGCGGAUGCAAGAAGGACCGGCGCCGCAAGAAGCCAAGGAAUCGGAAGCGGAAGAGCGCCGCAAAGCGCUGCGCAUUGCCUUGGCUCGCCGCAUGAAACAGGAACUGAUUGAAGCCGCGGACGACAAGCUCAACCAAUCCGUCCAACCGCUCACGGAUUUGGACGAAAAGCUCAAGCGCGUGGAAGAUUUGCGCAAAAUCAACCAAAAAAAGGAAGACGCGACCAUGAAAGAGCUAGAAAAGCACAAGCGAAAGCAAAAGCAACCUGCCUAAGCCAAAUCCCUACUAGUGCUCGAGCAUACACAAACUAUCAAAAUACAUACAUAUCCCUUCCAUAUACUUCGGAAAAAAAAAA